AUGGCAGACAGAGCUUCGCUGCUCACCAUCCCGGCGGAGAUGCAGCAGGCGAUCGCGGAAGUCGCGGACAAUCCCAGUCUACUGGCGCUUCGACUCGUGAGUCGAGAGCUUCGAGCGGCAGCAGACGACCCUUUCCUGGAGAGGUUCUUUACGGUGCGCAAGCACGUCAUGACCACGUACGGGUUGGCUGCUCUACUCCAGAUUUCGACGAGGCCACACCUCACAAGGAAGUUGAAAGAGAUCGUGUUGGCGUUCGUAGAGCCCAAUAUUGGAGAUUACUGGUGCGGCAAAGACAGGCCAGAAUCUUACAUGGCAGAUGAAAUGCUUCGUUAUAUCCGGCGCGAUGAAUGGAACCAGGCAAAGGAUGACCUCUUCUUAUGUCAACGAGCCGAAAGCCUUUUGAUUGCUAUCUUGAAAAGCCUACGCGGCCACGAUUUGAAGCUGACCAUCGUGGACGGAUGCCGCGAAGAUUUUGCCACCGCAUUUGGACUUCAGCAUCUCAAACGAUCUUUCGGCGUCGAGAGGAGCGGUUUUCAAGAGGAAGAACCUCCGCAUGACUGCACCGCGCUGCUGUCAUCCAUCGCAGUGGCUGCAUUUCCGGUGGCCUAUCUGGGACUCUACUUCGGAUUCUAUGAGCACGGGUCUAUGACGCUUAGCUACGGAAUGCAAUCUCUAGCUUUCAAGAAGCGGAGCUGGAGUAGUCUGAGAAAGCUGGAUGUGACAAUCGCAGAUUUCGGAGAUGAUUGGACUGAUCGUGCGCAUAUGGAUAUGCUUGCCUUCAUCCGAGCAGCAAAUAAGAUUGAAGACGUAGGCCUGACCAUGGAUGGUCGAUGGGAACCCUGGAUUGAUGGAUAUCCAGCCCAUGUAAAAUGUCUCGGAAGCGCAUUCAAGAGGCACAGCCUGCAAACGGUCUCGCUGAAUAGAUGUAUGGGCUUGUCGGGGGUCUUCAUGGAUUUUCUACGACCACAAUCCAAGUCAUUGAGGAAGCUAUCAAUAAGUCACAGCGAGAUCAUGGAAGACCGUUGCUGGUCUGAGGUACUUCAUGCCCAGUGUCAACUCGCCAACUUCUUGCUAACUCAUUAUGCUCAGGUGUUCACAUUCCUUCUCGACAACUUUGACCUUUCACGGUUCUCGAUCGUCGAGCUAGGGAAUGACAAAGGCAUCAUGAAUAUAGAUGGGGAAGGAGAUUGCACCCGACUAUUUGAGGACACAGAUGCAGUCAGAGAAGGCUUGCGGGAACUUGUGGCUGCGAAAGUUGAAUACUGCAUGAGAUAG